UCGAAUAUUUGAGCCCUCACCAGAGCUCUCAACAUCAACGCACACCCCAUUUGCAUUCUCGCCUUCGAACCGUCACCCAACACACCUUCAAACAUCAUGGCGAGUACAAUUAUCAGUCUAGCCCUUCGAGGCUGCCAGGCGCUCUUUGCAAUUAUCAUCCUUGGUCUCUCCGCUGGUCUCCUCAAAGGCCAGGUGGUCAAGGAUCAGCUCCCAUCCACGAUCCCGUACGCGAUCUUUACUGGGGCAUUCGGCCUUGUCUGCGCAUGCAUUGGUGUAGCAUCGAAUUGGGUCGAGAUUCUUCAAACCGUUCUCAUGGCAGGCAUUGAUUGCGCUGUCGCCUUCUUCUAUCUCGCCGGCGGAGUUAUCAUUGCGUACAAGCUUCGCGGCAUCAAUUGUGCCAAAUCAGAUUUUGCCACUCGAAAGAAGAUGACCGGCAACAAUUUGCUCAAUGGAGGCUGUGAGAAAGCUGAAGGCCGCACUCUCUGCGGGUACACGGAGAACGAUGAUUAUACGUAUAGAGCAGGGACGUUGAAUGCGCGAUGCAAACAGAGUGAAGCAGAUGCAGCUUUCAUGUUCAUGUCCGUUCUUCUUAUGGCUGCCUGUGUCGCUAUGCUUUUUAUCCAGCUCAAGAAGAAGUGAUCACGCGGAUGGUGAAGGUUGGAAGGGGUCUGCGAGUGGGUUAUGAGCACUUUUGCUGACAUUAAGAGAAGGGCCUACGGUGGAGGGAGUGUAAAAGACAAAUUUGAGGGAAUAGUAUGAGGAAUGAGGUUUCACAACGCUAAUGAAUAUGAGCUUGGGGGGU